UCACUGUCUGAUUCACUCUCUGAUUCACUCUCUGAUUCACUGUGUGUUUCACUCUCUGAUUCAGUGUCUGUUUCACUGUGUUUCACUGUCUGAUUCAGUGUCUGAUUCACUGUGUGUUUCACUGUCUGAUUCAGUGUCUGCUUCACUGUGUGUUUCACUCUCUGAUUCAGUGUCUGCUUCACUGUCUGAUUCACUGUGUGUUUCACUGUCUGAUUCAGUGUCAGAUUUACUGUCUGAUCUUCUUUUAUAUCAGAAUCUGUCAGUGAUAGAUGGAGUCUAUUCUGAAAACUCCAUCCAUUGCCUUUCUACACCACAUGAACUCUAUUUAGUUUAUUAUUUGUCUGCUGUGUUUCUUGUCUCUUUAAUUUGAUUCGAUGUACAGAAGACACAUUGUAGAAUAUACAGAACAGACAAAUGAAAAAUUCAUUCAGAGCUGUGACUAUAUGGAACAGAGAAACAGACUGAAGAUGAAAUCCAUUUUUAUUUCAUAUUGACGUGGCUUAGUUGCAUAGAGAGAGAUGAGCAUAUACAUGUUUGUGUCAACACACAAUAAAGUCAUUAAUCUUCAGCUGUGAAGAGAAUGUAAAGUUGUGUGUUGUGUGAUGAAUCUCUUCUGUCAUUCAUGGAGACGUUUCUAAUUUCAUGUCUUAUUUUCUCUCUCUCCGUCUCGUCCUGCUGAAGGAGGUUGAGGAUGAUUACAUCCUAACACUGGAGGGUCCACAUACAUCUGAUGAAAACAUUAAAACAGAGGGUGUGGACACAACUAAAGACCCAUGUGUGAAUGUCCGCUGCAGUGGUCAUAAAGUGUGUGUGGCUCAGGGAUAUCAGAGAGCAAUGUGUGUCCACCGCAAGAAACUCCAGCACAGAAUGAGACCGUCUGAACUGAAGCCUCAUAGAAACAACUGUAAAGUCUGUUCGACGGCCUCUGCUGGACCUGUGUGUGGAUCAGACGGACACAGUUAUGCCUCACAGUGUAAACUGGAGCAGCAGACAUGUUUGUCUGGUAAAGGUGUGUCUGUACUGUGUUCUGGUUCAUGUCCGUGUAUCAGUGCUGGAGUUCAUAAACCAGAACCUAAGAUCAAGACUGAAACUUCAACUGAACCCAAACCAGAGGUGUGCACGGGUCAGGAUUUGGCUGAUCUGGGUGACAGACUCAGAGACUGGUUUCAGCUUCUUCAUGGAAACUCAAAACAGAAUCGACACAGAGGAACAGCCGCAGGGUUGGAUUCGGGUCUGGUGGCCGGCUGUAAGGACUCCAUCGGUUGGAUGUUUACAAAAUUGGACACCAGUAAUGAUCUGUUCCUGGAUCAUUCAGAGCUGGCCGCUAUAAACCUGGAGAAAUAUGAGGUGUGCAUCAGACCGUUCUUUAACUCCUGUGACUCGUACAGAGACGGUCGAGUGUCCACAGCCGAGUGGUGUCUGUGUUUCUGGAGAGAGAAACCUCCAUGUUUGGCUGAAUUUGAGAGGAUUCAGAUACAGGGGGCAUCAAAAAGAAAACCAGGUAUGUAUAUCCCCGGCUGUGAUGAAGAUGGUUACUACAGGAAACUUCAGUGUGAUCACAGUCGGGGUGAGUGCUGGUGUGUGGAUCCACACGGAACAGAGGCCACCGGGUCGCGUAUCCAUGGAAACCCAGAUUGCGAUGAGCUGGUGAGCUCUGGAGAUUUCAGCAGUGGUGUCGGAUGGGAGGAUGAAGAGGAGAAAGAGAUGGAGGAGAAUGGAGAGGAGGAAGAGGAGGAGGAGGAGGCAGGGGAGACUGAUGAUGCUGGAUACAUCUGGUAAAACAUCAUCAUCACCAUCUUCACAUGAAACCCCACAGCCACACCUUCGACUUUCUUCAGUUUAAAUCAAAUUUCAGUGUCGCUCAUUCCUGACCGGUGUCUGUGUCAGAACUCUACAUCUGUCUGCUGGAGUUUCAGAGCUCAUGACGAAAGCGAUGGAUCCAUUUCUGCUCAGGAUGGUUUAGCAGCACGUCUGAGGAUCUGUCGACAGACACGUACAGUGCUUUAUCAUUAACACAGGGUAUUAUGUUGUAUUUGAGCUACAUUACAUGAACUUGAUCUUAAAGGAAAAUAAACCUGGUUUGUAGAGUAUUGCAGUGAGUUUAAACGCAGAUCACACAGAUUCAUCCUGUGCUCAGUUCUAGAACAGCUUCAUUGUAUAUUUACACGGCAGCUCUAGAAACAAAACAUGUACAUAUCAAUGCUCAAUAUCACAAAAGAUGAAUGAUCAUAUUUUAGUCAUUUCAGAAAGUUUUUGUUUGUUUGAUUCUGAUUAGAAGGGAUACUUCACCCAAAACUGAACAUUCUGUCUUCAUUUCCUCGCCUUCCAGUUGUUCCAGAUGUGUAUAAAUGUCUUUGUUCUGAUGAACCCAGAGAAAGAUAUUCAGAAGAAUGCUUCUAACCAGACAGAUCUUUCCCCCCAGUAGGAAAAAAUACUUUAAUCAUUUAGUUUGUUCUGUUGAACACAAAAGAAGAUAUUUAGAAGAAUGUAGGACAGCAAACAGUUCUGGGGCACUUUUGACUCACUGUAUUUUUCCUACUAUGGGAGUCAAUGGGGGGCAAAAUCUGUCUGGUUAGAAGCAUUCUUACAAAUAUCUUUCUGUGGGUUCAUCAGAACAAAGACAUUUAUACACAUUUGGAACAACUGGAAGGUGAGGAAAUGAAGACAGAAUGUUCAGUUUUGGGUGAAGUAUCACUUUAAAUAUAAUAUUUGGUUUUAUGUAGCGAACACAGACGCGUGUUAGAAACUGUGAAGCAUCAUCAGCGAUCUUAAAACACUGCGUGUGAUUUAUCAUCAUGAAACACAGACGAGCAGUUCAAAUGUAAUGAUUUCACAUCUCAUUCUGCUUUUUAAUUUAGAACCUUUAGGAAUUCUGGAGUGACUCCAGUUUCUUGAAUGUAAACGCGAUGUUUUACAUGAAUGAGCAUUUGCUGAACGUUUGGAGAAAUUUCCUCUCUUGUUUUUCUAACAAAAAAGUCAAAUGUUAUGAUUUUGGCGAUUAUGUCAAUGUUUUUGGUUCUCUGAAUAGUUUUGUUUGAGUAUUGCAUGAUAGUUGACGGCAGAAAGCUUUUCUUGUUUUGUUCUUUUCUGUAAAAUAAACUUAAUCCUUCAGAUGUCUCAGAGUAGAUGUGUAAUGUGGGCAGGAUCAGCUCUUGUAGGGCAAAAUGUGUCCCCUGAAUCUGUUAAAUAAAAGAUUAGAAGUAUUG